AGGCGACAUAGUGAGUUAUUUUCAUAGAGCUCUAUAACCCAGAUAGGGUGCCGUUUGCGUUCUUCCGUCACUGGGAAGUGCGUUUUGAGCUGCAAAGUGGUUUUGUAUUUCCGGUUCAGUAGCCGCAUGUAAUAUAAUUGCCGGGCUUUGCAAGAAAAAUGGCAAAAAGCUUACGCAGCAAGUGGAAGAGGAAAAUGCGGGCCGAAAAGAGGAAGAAAAAUGCCCCUAAAGAGCUCACCCGUUUAAAGAAUGUCCUGUCAAAAGUCAAUGCCGAUGUCUUGAUGGAAGAUGUGAAAGAGGUUGCGACUGUUGUGACUGCUGAGGAAGUUAAGGAAAAAUCUGAAAUGUUGGCGAAUACGCCUGAAGGUGACUCCUGUAGUAUGGAUAUGGAUGUAAAACGGAACAAAAGAAGCCUUCUUAACGAGCACGGUCAGUAUCCUGUAUGGAUGAAUCAGAGGCAACAAAAGAAGCUGAGGGUGCAGCGUGGAAAGAAGAAAGGCAAAGCCAAAUCUCCCAAAGGACUGGCGUGGUAGAAAUUAGGAGUAUACUGUCUGUCUAUACUUUUACUAUAUGGAUGUUUGUCGACUGACCUGAAUAAAUGAGACUAAGCAAACAGCCCUGUCUAGCCGCAGGAGAAGAUAUUAAAUAUAUAAUUUUUGUGUUUUAUGUUUCGAUAAUUCUGGCUUGCUUGAUGCCUUUAUGUAAGAUGUUAAUGCAGCAACCGCUUUUUAUAUGAUAUCUCUCUUGAAUGCACCGUGAAUGGUGAGAUGAAUAAAUGUUCUAUUUACCAUAA